CCGUCCGCGGUCGAUCCGGCCCCAGCGCGGGAGCCGCCCCUCUCCAGGUGAAACUGACAUUCAGAGUCUGUGGGUGAAGACAUUGGAAAGGCUUCAGCUAUAAAAAUGGACACCAGUUGCAUCUUGAAAGGCCAUCGACUGUAACCAAAAUUCCAGAUCCCAAGAAGACAUCCAGGCGUUCCCCAGAACUGAAGACCAUGGAGCUCUCUGACAGCGACCGACCUGUCAGCUUCGGCUCCACAUCGUCCUCAGCCUCCUCCCGAGACAGCCAUGGCUCCUUUGGCAGCAGAAUGACCUUAGUUUCAAAUAGCCACUUGGGUUUGUUUAACCAGGAUAAGGAAGCAGGGGCCAUAAAACUGGAGCUGAUGCCAGCCAGGCAGUUCUCCAGCAGUGACCUGCAAAGGGACAACCCCACUGGGCACCAGAACACGAACGAGGGCAGCGACAGGCAGUCCAGGACCCAGAGGAGGACAGACACCAGCGGGUCACCCAAGACAGCUGCUGACUCGGCCCCCAGCCCCAAGCUCCUCUAUGUGGACAGAGUGGUCCAGGAAAUUCUGGAGACUGAGAGGACUUAUGUGCAAGAUCUGAAAAGCAUCGUGGAGGAUUACCUUGACUGUAUCAGGGACCAAACAAAACUUCCCCUGGGGACUGAAGAAAGAUUAGCCCUCUUUGGAAACAUACAGGACAUCUAUCACUUCAAUAGAUCGGUCGCCGUGCUGACAGAGUGCAUGAGAAACAAGAUACUGGCCAAAUUCUUCAGGGAACGUCAGGAAACUCUGAAACACUCAUUGCCUCUGGGGUCCUAUCUCUUGAAACCAGUUCAGCGGAUUCUCAAGUAUCAUCUCCUUCUGCACGAAAUAGAAAAUCACCUUGAUAAGGACACAGAAGGCUACGACGUGGUGCUUGAUGCUAUAGACACAAUGCAGCGAGUCGCCUGGCACAUCAAUGACAUGAAGCGGAAACACGAGCAUGCAGUCCGGUUACAGGAGAUACAGAGUUUGCUCACUAACUGGAAGGGGCCGGACCUGACCAGCUAUGGGGAACUGGUACUUGAGGGAACCUUCCGUAUCCAGCGGGCCAAGAAUGAGCGGACACUCUUCCUUUUUGACAAGCUGCUUCUCAUCACAAAGAAGAGAGAUGACACGUUUACAUAUAAAGCUCACAUCCUGUGUGGCAACCUCAUGCUUGUGGAGGUGAUCCCCAAGGAGCCGCUCAGCUUCAGCGUCUUCCACUACAAGAACCCCAAGCUGCAGCACACGGUUCAGGCUAAAUCUCAGCAAGACAAGCGCCUGUGGGUGCUGCACCUAAAGAGGCUGAUCCUGGAGAAUCAUGCGGCAAAGAUUCCGGCUAAGGCUAAGCAAGCAAUCCUUGAAAUGGAUGCCAUCCACCACCCAGGCUUCUGCUACAGCCCCGAGGGGGAGACCAAAGCAGUUUGUGGCUCUAAAGAAGGUUCUACUCCUUAUCGGCUGAGAAGAAAAUCUGAACCUUCCUCAAGAUCACAUAAAGUUUUGAAGACCAGUGAAACAACACAAGACAUCCAAAAGGUUUCUAGAGAGGAAGGAUCUCCCCAGCUGACUUCAGCACGGCCAUCUCCUACCCAGAGGAACAGCCAGCCGAGCAGCUCUGCCACGAUCGGCAUGUUUCGAGGGAGUGGAACCGCCAGAAACAUCUGGACAGAUCACCAGAUCAGGCAAGCCUUGUUUCCCAGCCGCCGACCCGCACAGGAGGACGAGGAUGAUGAAGAUGAUUAUCAGAUGCUCGUGCCGUCCUUCUCCUCCUCAGAUUUGAACUCUGCCAGGCUGCGUGAAGAAAGCACGUCCAGCCGUCCUUGCAGCUGGCAUAUGGGACAGAUCGAGUCCACAGAGAUACCCAGCUCUGGUCAUAGGAUUGUCAGGCGGGCCAGCAGUGCUGGUGAGAGCAACACAUGCCCUCCUGAAGUAAGAAUUAGGGACAGCGAUGGCUCCCAGUUCAGCCCCCGGAGGGAGCUGCAGAACGGCCCCAAGACGGAAGAACAGGAGGGGAUGACACCCUUUGGGUCAUCUACAGAGUUAACUGUUGAUGACAUAGACCAUGUCUAUGAUAACAUAAGUUAUGAGGACUUAAAACUAAUGGUGGCUAAGCGAGAAGAAGCUGAAUCCACACCCCCUAGAUCAGCAAGGGACUCCAUUCGCCCCAAGAGCACUCCAGAGCUAGCCUUCUCAAAGAGGCAAGCUGGCCACCCUAAGAGCUUUCUUUUCACCCAGAAAGACGGAGUUCUUAUGGGUCAGGAGGCGUCCAGCCAGAGCACACACGAACUCCAGGUGGUUGAGGAAAACAUCUAUGACACUAUAGGGCUCCCAGAGCCACCACCGCUGGAUUUCCAGUGUGGCAGCUUAAAGCGUCCAAAGAGGAGCACCUUUCUGGGUCUGGAAGCCGACUUUGUGUGCUGCGACAGUCUGAGGCCCUUCAUUUCCCAGGACAGCCUCCAGUUCAGCGAGGAGCUGCCUUCCCGGCAGGGCGCCUCUGAUGAGGAUUAUCUGAGCCUGCUACACACCUCCUCCAGCUGUGACUUGUCUGCCGCUGAUAAGCCUGUAUCUGACAAACUGUCUGAGGAAGUAGAUGAAAUCUGGAAUGACCUGGAAAAUUACAUCAAGAAAAAUGAAGACAAGGCUAGAGACCGUCUCCUUGCUGCAUUUCCUGUAAGCCAAGAUGACGUGCCAGCUGGGCUGCACGCCGAGAGGUCCCCGCAGCUGGGCCGGCACGCGGCUCACUCCGCAUCUGCGCUGUCACUGCCCGAAAGCCAGGUUUUCCCCACACCAGGGAAGAGCAGGGCCAUCAGAGCCAGCCGGGUCAACUACCCAUUCGAAGAAGACCUGAUUUCUAGAGAAGGCUCCUUUGUGAGUCUUAACCGGCUCUCCGUGGCCAGUGAGACGCCUCCUGUGGACAAUCCUUACGACUUGGCUGACAGCAGUCUGUCCCAAACAGACCCAGAAAACCCUGACCUGGGGAUGGAGGCUGCAGAUAAGACGAAAAGCAGGGUUUUUAUGAUGGCUCGGCAGUACAGCCAGAAGAUCAAGAAGGCAAAUCAGCUUUUAAAAGUGAAAAGUCCGGAGUUGGAACAGCCACCGGCCAGCCAGCAUCCUAAGUCCACGCACAGAGAUCUGGCAGCUAUCUUAGAAGAGAAGAGGCAAGGAGGGCCCGCCAUUGGUGCCAGGAUUGCUGAAUAUUCCCAACUGUACGACCAGAUUGUAUUCAGAGAGACUCCCCUUAAAAUUCAGAAGGACGACUGGGCCAGCCCUCGAGAGUCCUCCCUCCUCAGGUCCUCGUCACCUUCCCAGGUCCAACAGCGUAGUGAGGAUUGGCUCCUGCAUUCAACCUAUAGUAAUGGAGAGUUGGCAGAUUUCUGUCCCCAGCCAGAGCAAGACUUGAGGUCAAGAUAUCCCACUUUAGAGAUGGGUACAAAAAGUACUCCCAGACAAUUGUCCGCAGCAUGCUCUGUGCCUUCCCUGCAAACCUCCGACCCUCUGCCGGGCUCCCUGCAGCGCUGCAGCGUGAUAGUUAGUCAGCCCAACAAGGAGAACUUGUGUCAGGGCCAUCUGUACAACUCCGUGGGCCGGAAAGGAACCAGUGCUAAGUAUCAGCCCUAUAACAGGUCCCAGUCGUCUUCCUCCAUCUUGAUAAACAAGUCGAUGGACUCCAUCAACUAUCCUAGUGACCUGGAAAAGCAGCAGCUGCUGUCUCUCCAGCGAAGUUCAAGGUGUGAGAGUCACCAGAACUUGCUGCCGGGCCCUGCUGACUCACAUCCACAGGGCUCUGACCAACUCUCUGAUCUCACACUCCAAGACUCCCAGAAAGUUCUGGUAGUAAAUAGAAGCUUGUCCUUAAAUGCCCAAAUAGCCACACAGAACUAUUUUUCCAAUUUCAAAGAGGCUGAAGGAGAUGAAGAUGACUAUGUGGAAAUAAAGUCGGAAGAAGAUGAGUCCGAGCUGGAGCCGUCUCACGGCCGGAGAAGGAAAUCUGACUUGAGGAUGAUGCACGCUGGCUAUUCGGAUAACGGCAGCGGCAACCCGUCUCACUCUGCAGACAGUCCGUGCACGCCCCCAAAGCCCAUACACAGCAAACUGGAGCUUUCCCCGUAUCUGACAUCGUGUAACGAUUCUGACAAACUGAGUGACUAUCUUUGGAGGGGGCCGUCUCCCAAUCAACAAAACAUUGUACAGUCUCUAAGGGAAAAAUUCCAGUGUCUCAGUUCCAGCAGCUUUGCUUAAGGUUUUAGUAAGCGCUGCCUGGAUUCACUACUACUUCUUAAGGAACAUUGCAGAUACUGAUGAGGUGUUUUGUAUCU